CCUUAUCUCGCAAUGACAGCCCAACCCGAUUCCUCUCUUAGCCUCCAAGGCAAAGUGGCUCUCAUUACUGGAUCAGGCAAAACGAGAGGCAUCGGUGCCGGUAUAGCCAUGACUCUUGCACAGCAUGGUGCAUCUGUCGUCAUCAACUACGUCUCGGCGUCAACAGCUUCCUCCGCCGCAGCAGUGGCUGAGGGUAUAGCCGCAGCAGGCGGCAAGGUACUUGUCGUCCAGGCAGACAUCUCUCGCCCUGACGAGGCACAGAGGCUUGUGGCGGAGACGGUCACCGCGUUUGGGAAGAUCGAUAUACUAGUCAACAAUGCAGGAACGGGGUUUCCUGGUCCCGCACUGAGUGCGACCCCGGACUCUAUGGCAGCCACCUUCGGCGUAAAUGUCUUUGGGCCUCUCUAUUUGAUUCAAGCCGCCGUGACACACAUGCCUCCGCGCAGUCGUGUCAUUAACAUCGGCUCUGUGGCGUCAAAGCUAGGAGUUUCGGGGUCGCCGAUUUAUCUCGCCUCAAAGGCAGCGACGGAUGCAUUGACACUUGCUAUGGCUGGUGAGCUGGGCCGCGGUCAUGGCGGCAUAACGAUCAACACGGUCUCACCUGGUCCCGUGGAUACGGACGGUGUGCCACCUCAUGUGGCAGAGAAGAUUCACAAGACUAUGGUACCCAUGACCCGGGUGGAAGAGAGGGUAGGCACUGUUGAAGAUGUCGCGGACGCGGUGCUUUUGUUGUGCUCCGAGAGAAGUCGGUGGAUAUCGGGGCAAGUAAUCUCAGUCAGCGGCGGAAUAGUG